AAUUAUGACCAUGGAGGAUACACUACAGUCAAUUCUAAAUGACAUCUUGAUAACUACAUCAGUAGAAGAAGCCUUCAGUGGAUUUAUCUUAUACUCUGCGGAAGAAGAAAACAACAAGAUUAUCUGCUGCAAUGAGUCUUUCCUUCGAUUUUGGAAAGAUGCCAUCCCUUCAGUGGAAGCUCAGAAAGCAGCUCUGCAAUAUUACAUAAAGACUCUCCAUGGGCAACGUGCACCAAAAAGAGUUAAGUUGUUGUGUGACCUGCUGGCAAACGCAGCUGAAAAGAAGGUUAUUCCUGCCAAGUUGAUCUGUGAAGAGCUGCUGCUAUCUGACAAGCUAGACUACAGGAAUACAGACACUUGGAGUCAAACUUUCUUGGUUAUCAAGAAAAUUAUUGUUUUCAUUGAUUACAAGGGCUGCCGUGAUCUAUGGAAGGUUAUUUUGGAUAAGACUUUGACGAUUCCGACCAAUAUUAAUAUAUCCACAUUCAAGAAAUUGGAUUCUCUAUUGAAGGUUAUUAACCAAAUCCUAGAUCGGAAUUCAUGUCUUCUGCCGAGUUAUUUUGCGGUCAAUGAAAUCAUGAAGUCGGCUUCCGAAGAACCAAAUUCUAAUCAUUGGGUGAUUGGCGAUGUGUUGGCUAGAUUUGUUGACAGUUUCAGGCAAACAGCAAGAAUGGUAUCCAUUACUGGUCGUUCACAGCUCUUACCAAUUGUUGGUCACUCAAGCUCAAUUGGAAAUGCUUGGAAAUUAGAGCAGUCGACUUUGAGAUUUCCACUUAAAGGAAUGCUUCCGUAUGACAAGGAACUUCUUCAACCCCAGAAAGGUCUUUUGCGAUAUGUUCUAGAACAACCUUACUCAAGAGAUAUGAUAUGCAGUAUUCUAGACCUCAAUAAACAGCAGAAGCAAAGAUGUACAGUUUUAGAGGAGCAGUUGGUAGAUAUGCUAAUUCUCGCAAUGGAAAAAAUGGAGAACGACAUGGCAACCGACCUGCUAUGGCGCCACCUAUCCAGCCAGGUCAUCUUCUUUGUCCUCUUCCAGUUUGCUGGAUUUCCUCAGAUGGUUGAAGCUCUCCACCAAAAGUUAAGCAAGAAUCCUCUACGCAGAGGGCGAGAUCAUCUGAUGUGGGUUUUGCUCCAGAUAGUGUCUGGCAGUAUAAAAAAGAAUCCUGUGUCUGACUUCCUCAAUGUGUUGAACCUCUUUGACCUGUUGUAUCCAGAGCGAGAGCCUCUGCCACUCCCUGAUUUCAACAAUUCAAACUGCAUGAUACAAUUUGCUGUCACCUGUAUCUGGAUUCACUUAGCCCAGAAGGAACCUCUCAAGCGACCCACACCACCAGCACUUAAGCUGCAUCUUGAAUUUGUCCACCAAAUCCACAGCAGCAAGAAUCUUCCAAUGCAUAGAGUAGCUAUUCUCUGCAAUGCAUACAGUACAAACAAUGAGUACUUCAACCUUCCAAUGAGCGUGUUGGUGGAUGCUAUUUCGGGAAAACAACAAACCACUCCUGCCACGCCUCUCUCAAUGAAUCUCCUCGACUCACUCACUGUGCAUGCUAAAAUGAGUUUGCUACAUAGUAUUGUGACCAAGAUAAUGCAGAUGGCUAAGCACCAGCAGGCUAUGACACACUCCAUACCCGCCGUCUUGAUUGAGACUUACAGCAGGCUUCUCGUCUACAUGGAGAUAGAGUCCCUCGGAAUAAAAGGAUACAUAAAUCAGUUAUUAUCGACAAUAAAGGAGCAUUAUGCCUGGGGUAUUCUACACACCAUGCUUGAGAUGUUUAGCUAUCGUCUUCAUCACGUCCAACCACAAUACAGGAUUCAGCUGCUGUUGUCACUUCAUGCAUUCAACAGCAUGCCACAAACCAAUCAGAAUCAACUUUACUUAUGCAUUGAAAGCACUGCUCUUCAACUUAUCACUGGCUUAGGAAGUACUGAGGUGCAGCCCCAACUGUCACGCUUCCUAACUGAGCCAAACCAACUGCUGUCAAAAGAUUCAGAGGAACUCAACAGAGCCCUUGUCCUGUCUUUGGCACGAGCCAUGCACAUUACAGGAUCUGAAACACUGUCAAGUAAUUGGUGUCAAGAUAUCCUAUCAAAUUUGAUGUCAAACACCCCACACAGCUGGGCACAACACACGCUGGAAUGUUUUCCUACUGCGCUUAACCAGUUCUUUCAACAGAAUCCCUACAACAGUGAAAACAGGUCUAUACUGAAGAGAAACGUUGAUGAAGAGUACAGGGUUUGGAAAUCCAUGAGCAAUGAAGCCGACCUUAUUAAACAUUUCACUGCUGAAAAUCGGCCUCCAAUGUUUUUAUGUGUCCUCUGGAAAAUGUUGUUACAAUCUGACCAGCUGCGUCCUGUUAUUAUUAAGAUCUUGGAAAACAUCGGACCUCGAAUGAUUUCAAAGCAUAUUCGACUGUUCACUGAUUAUCUAGUCUUUGAAUUUUCCAACUCAGUUGGGAGCCAACAUGUGAAUAAGUGUAUUGAAACUCUCAAUGAUUUGGUUUGGAAGUUAAAUGUAGUGACCCUUGACCGGCUUAUUCUCAGUUUGGCUUUGGGGAAUCAUGAAGGCAAUGAGGCACAGGUGUGUUUCUUUAUCAUCCAGCUACUUCUCUUGAAACCAAACGAGUUUAGAAAUCGUGUUUCAGAGUUUGUGAAACUUUCACCUGACCAUUGGCUGGACAAUGAUUGGCACAGUCAUCAUGUUUCCUUUAACCAGAGAUUUCCAGAGAAGUUCUUUUUUGAAGGACUGUAUGAGGCGACAAGAACACCCAUGCCAACCCCACCAAAGUACCUACCGACAUAUUUUGUAAAUGUGUGUCUCCGAUUCCUCACUGUUUUUGAUAUUGUUAUUCACCGUUUCUUGGAAUUACCACCUGUCUCUAAAUCUUUGGAGACACUCUUAGACCAUCUGGGAUCUCUUUACAAGUUUCAUGAUCGGCCUAUCACAUACCUGUACAAUACUCUCCACUACUAUGAAAAGAAGGUUAAAGAUCGUCCACUGAUGAAGAAGAAGCUGGUUGGAUCCAUAACGGGCUCCCUCAAAGACAUACGACCUCAAGGAUGGUGCUUAACUAAAGAGUUCACUGAAUACCUUGGAAGACCUGGAGAUGAGAGUUGGGUUCCAACUCAAGAGUACUAUCACAAUCUUCUAGCACGCUUAGUUGACACAAUCUCUGGCGAUGUUCCUGAAGCGUUCAAGGGAUGUGACUGGCGUUUUAAUGAGUUUCCAAAUGCUGCGAGUCACGCUGUACACGUUACUUGCAUUGAAUUGAUGGCAUUAUGUCCGCAGAGUAGUACCAUCAGUAAUGCCCUACUUGAUGUCGUUUUGAAGAACCCAUCUGGUAUUCCUCGCGAGAAGCUCAUGAUGUGGAUUAAUGCUGUCGCCUUGGUGAUUACCUCACUUCCUGACUCGUAUCUGUCAGUGAUUAAUGACCGCAUUCUCCAAACACUCAAAAGCCCUCUCUUAAACGGCAUGAGCAGCCCCGUUCAAGGUCUCUUCGCAAUCUUUGAUUUUGCCUCUGCACACACUUCAUUCAGCGAGGCGCCAUGUUCUUACGUGUUAGCUUUGACACAUGCCGUCUGGCUGCACUCAAGUAUAGGCCAACUCACUCUCCUCCCCCAAUUUUUGACGAAGGAAGUUCAUCCACUGGUGAAAACGGAGGAACAGUUGCUGUUUGUGUGUCAUCUCGUUGGCCCAUUCCUUCAGAGGUUUCAUGAGGAGAGGACCCGAUGUUUGCUUAAUAUUACCAGUGAGUUCUAUGACAUGUUAGCUGCAGUUGACAAGAACUGUGCCCAUCUCCAACACAUGGACCCGAUAUGCGACUUUCUAUAUCACAUCAAAUAUAUGUUUACAGGUGACGUUGUGAAGAAUAAAGCAGAAUCCGUCAUCAAGGAAUUAAGACAGCCUCUACAGCAACGAUUGCGAUUCAUCAGUAAAGGCGCUGAGCAGCACGUCCAGUCUCAAUCUACUUGAACAUACGUCGUUCAGUGGUGGCUCCAACUAGCCUGUUACGGGGUCUGCACCCGUUGGUUGCUUAUUGUCUCAGGUUCAAGAGUAAAAACCAUGAGGUCAGGGGGAGAGAUUUGAUAUUUAGAAUGGCAAAUAUUGUCUUUUUAGACCACAAUAUUAUGAACAGCAAUCACAAUAAAUUUUGUUAGAUCAGCAAAUUAAUGUUUAGGCCUACAACCUUGAGUUGCAUCUGGCAACAGAGGGUGCAUGCUUCCCACCUCGACCCCGAGCUCAGUGCUGGUGCCACCAAUGAUGCUGCUUUGACAGUGACAAACAUUUAGUUACUAUUCUCAAUUUGAAUGCUGUACUGUUGCUAGCCAAAAUCUGUGGACUCACCAGUAUUCCACUGGGUCCUUUUGGUGGUGAAUUGAGCAUUUUACCAAGACAACCCCCUGCUCUUUUCCAAAGAUUCUACUGCGUUCUUUUACAUGUACAAAUUGACACACUUGACCAAUAGCUUAAAUGUCCCAUCCAAAAGAUGAUGCGCUAUUGUAAACUUCCAUUACGCUACCUUGCAGCAGCAAUGCAAAGAGAGCAGCAAUGGAUUAGAGCCAGGAACCGAAAGUACUGAAAGGAUCUCCAUGGUUCAACGCACACACAGUGGCUACCACCAGUUAAGCUGACUGAGCUAGGCUGCUUUUUGUAAACUGUGUUAUUUUAAAAUGAUGAAAUAGUGAAGACUUUGUGCUGAUUUAAUAAUAAAGUGACAUUAAAAAAUAUAUUCAGCUAAAAAAAAUUUAAAAUCCAGUUCCAAAUUUGAAUUGUGAAAUUUGUAUAUUUACAUGCAUUAUUAACUUACAAUUAAAAAUCUGAAUUAAUGAGAAAGAAUUUUCCCUGUCAAUAAAUGGACAUGUAAAUAUAUCUUUUCUGUAUAUCUUUAAAGACUGCCAAGGUUAGCCUAAUAAACUUGGAAAAUUAAAUGCAAAA